GUGUUUCCUUAGUUAGGUCAUGUAUUGUUACUUUGUUUCUGAUUUUGUUUUGCUCCUUGUUCAGUCUUCCUCCUCUCAAAGAGUGAUUCUGUGUUCACGUGGAACACAGAAUCCACAGUCCACGGUUCACUGUGGACAGCAAGAGCACAAAAUUAGCACAAAAGUCAGCCUCAAAGGACUCUUGGGGAUUUGUGAGUGGAGUUAAAAAGAGAUCUAGCAUGUCACCAAGGGAGGAAGGGUUGUACAUGUGGAAGUCAUCAAACAAAGAACAGACUGGACAGUGAAAUGGCACUUCUCCUGAGCCUUCUCUGCAUCUUGUGCCUGGUCGGGCCAGUUAUCAGCCAGGAUAUGCCAUACGAAGAAUAUAUGGCCCAGAUCCAAGCCUGCCCUCAGGAGUGUCGCUGUCCCCCCAACUUCCCUCGUGCUGUCUACUGUGACAAUAAAGGCCUGAAGAGCAUCCCCAAAAUCCCUCCAUACACAUGGUAUCUCUACUUGCAGAACAAUUUAAUAGAAGCGCUGUCAGCUGAUGCCCUGCGUAAUGCCACACAGCUGCGCUGGCUGAACCUAAACCAAAACAAAAUCACUAGUGAGGGAGUGGAAGAAGGUGUCCUUAGUGCAAUGUCUCACUUGGUGCACCUCUACAUGGAUGACAAUCUCUUGUCUUCUGUGCCAUCACCCCUGCCAGCCAGCCUGGAACAUCUGCGUCUCUCUCGCAAUCGCAUUUCCAAAAUCCCUGCGGGUGUCUUCAUUGGUCUGGAUAAGCUUAACCUGCUGGACCUCCAGGGGAACAAGCUGAUGGAUGAUGCUGUGACUGAAGUGAGCCUGAAGGGUCUAAACAAUCUGGUGCAAAUCAACCUAGCCAAAAACCAGUUGUCAAGCAUGCCUCUUGGCCUACCAGCCACUACCACUCAGCUUUUCCUCGAUGGCAACAACAUCGAGAAGAUCCCAGCAGGCUACUUCAAAGGUUUGCCCAAAGUGGCAUUUCUGAGGCUCAACCACAACAAACUGGGCAGCAGUGGAGUUCCCAACAACGUGUUUAAUGUCUCCAGCAUUUUGGAGUUGCAGUUGUCCCAUAACCAGCUGACUGAGGUUCCCCUCAUUCCCUCAGGCCUUGAACACCUUCACCUCGACCACAACAAGAUCAAAAGUGUAAGUGGCUCCAAUGUCUGCCCUGUCUCCAUUGACACUGUUGACGACUCUAUCAACGAAAGUGUUCCUCGAUUGCGCUACCUCCGACUGGAUGGCAACGAAAUUAAGCCACCAAUUCCUAGAGAUGUCAUCCUCUGUUUCCGUCUCCUUAGAUCCAUUGUCAUCUAAGAAAAGGAAAAUCAUCUAUAUGUUGUUGGCAAAUUCUGAUUUUCCACAAUCGAUGACAUGGUAAUGUGGAUGCUGGUCUGAUGAGACUUGUGAGACCACAUGUCAAAAAUGGUGACAUGAGUAGUAUUUGCAUGUUUGUGAAAUAUUUGACACUAGUUGGCAUCAACUUAUUUUACUGUUCUGUCUUGAGGAAAAGCUAUUUUUUUCAGUUCCAGAAAACAUUAAUCUUUCAGUAGAAUUUGAAGAAAAUCCAAAAGCAACAACAAAACCAAUAAGGAACUGGUCGGUUAGAUGCUUUAACUGAGGCUGCAAUCUGUUGACCACUAGUUGUGCCUUAUGUUGGUAUAAACACCUGCAUGUAGCACUCUGAAUUACAGAAUAGCAUGACAGUGAUUUAGGGGGACAAUAUGCAUUUAUGGCAUGUGGACAUUUUUGAGAUCUCAUGAGAGAUCAUUAUUCUUUUUUGAGCAGGAGGCAGAUAUUGUGAAUGCUUGGGGAAAUAUCACUAGGUUUUUUUUCUAUUGUUUCAGGUGGUUUUAUAUUUUAUAGACUUGAAGCCAAAUGGUCCUGUGUCCGUUAACUUUAGAAAAUCACUCUAUUCUACUAUUAUGCAUAUUUACUGUAGAUAAUUUAUUUUUAUUUAAUAAUAUUUGAGGGGAAAAAAGUACAAAAAAGUAUGAACCUGAGAGUCCUGUGAAUAUUCAUGGCCUAUAUUCCUUAAUGUUUUCUAUGCAAAAGAAAUGUGAUAACUGUUUUUAAAAAAUGCCAACAUGCUUUUUAUUUCUGGUCAUUAUUUUCUGAAUUAGUUCAGCAAGAGAUUUAAUUUUAAUUGUCUGCAAUUUGAAUAAAAUUUUUAAAAAUGAA